AUGGGCACAGCGGCGUCUGCCGCGUCAGACAGAGGCCGGGCCAGUCGCGAAAGCUCCAUGACCCCGCAGAGCGUGAACGGUCACGACCAUUCCCGGCAGCACCAUCAGCACGAGCAGCACAAAGGGACAAAAGGUGGUAGUGGCGGUGGUGGUGGUGGUGGUGACGAUGGGCUUGGGGACACCUCUCUCCUCGACACAUGGUCGAAUUUUGACAGAGAGGCGCUGCGGCAAGCAGCUGCCUCGGAGGAAGCAGCCCAACUUCGGGAAGCGGUGGAGUCGCCACCACCAGCACAGCACGACGCAAAGGUUGACGGUGAUGGCAGCAGGAGAAGCUGGCGCAAGCGAUCCAAGAAGGAUAAGAACAAGGGCAAGGCCAAGCAGAAGAAAAGCAAGGACAAGAAGAGCAAGAAGCAGCAGCAACGACGGGCGGACAGGAAAAGCACCAAGGACGCGGAGGCAUGGCAGCACAGGUUUCAGCAGCUGUGUCUGAGCAUUUUUCAAGAGGCCGACCUUGACAACACGGGGUACCUGAGCGCGGGGCGCAUGUGGGAUGCGCUAUCGUCGCAGACCACAAAGGUCAACAUUAGUAAGCACACCGUCAACCGCCUGCGGACCCUGUCAUCGCUGGAGGAUGACGACAUCAUUCGCUAUGAGGAGUACAUCCCAACACUGUGUCGACUCGUCCAGCGGCACUCCACCAAGGACGCCGCAAACGACUGGUUUCUGAUCACCAACGGAGGAACUGAUGGUUCGCCAAUGUACAUGAACAAGAGCACAGGUGAGAUGCAGCAGGAGGUGCCAGAGGGGCUCGACGAGUCAUCGCAGAUGGAAACGGUCACCUUUGAAUACAUUACACUCUCGGAUGGGAGCGAGAUCACAACGUACCAGACCGAGCAAGGCCGCGUGUACAUGGACUGGGAGGCGCAGGAAUGGCGCCCGUUCCCACAAGAGUGGCUGGCGUAUGUUGUGUCGUCAACAUCAGACCCUGCAGGGGAGAUUGCAAACGACCCGCGCUUUGGCGAAUUCGACCACCCCACGCACGGACACAUGUACCUGUAUCUGAUGGAAAACACGCGAAACACGUAUUUGUACAUGGACCAGGAGAGUGGAGAGUGGCACCGAAUUCCGCUCGUGUGGGAACGCUGCAUCCCCGACGUCAAACGCCAACUCAACGAGCUGCAAAAGCUCUUCCCAGAGUGGACGAGCAUCAACGAGCAGCUGCUUGUGCUGCGGGAGUGCAACUACGACCUCAACGAAGCGAUUGCAUUUGCGGACAUCAACUGGAACUUCACUGGCCGCUCAGACCUCUCACAGUUCUCCCCGGCCGAACUCAUUCGCUCAGGCAGCAUCGUUGCUUCCGCACGCCGCGGGGUGCGUGUGCGUGCGCGCGAGGGCGGCAGCAGCGCGUCGCUGUCUGCGGCGGCGGCGCGACGCAUCGACGAGCUGGAGGCGAUUGUUGCCGAGCAGCGGCAUAAGCUGGAGCGGCUGCAGGCGGACAAGGUGGUGGAGGAGGACGUGGCUGUGCGGCAGCUGGUGCGCGAGAAAACGCGUGUGCAGACGGUGGCCGACCGACGCCAGCGCGAGGCGAUGGAGGCGCAGGAGGAGCUGGGAGACCUGCAGUUGGAGUGCGAAAAGUGGCGCUCGCGCUCGCUCGACCUUGAGGAACAGGUGAUCAAGUACAAGGCGGACCACAACACCAUCGCCGCGCUGCGGGAGGAGGUGGCCGCGCUGAGGACCGGCAACGCAGACAAGGCGCUCAAGCUGAAGGACGCGGAGAUUGACAGGCUGCGGGCGGAGAACGUGUCGCUUCGCUUGCGCACCCAGACGCUGCAGAGGCACAUGGGCAGCCCGAGCAACUCGACCGAGACGGUUCGCGUGCUGACCAAGCUGCAGCACAAGGUGCAGCAGCUGAAGCGGGAGAAGGAGGAGACGGCGAUUGAGCUGCAGGCCAGCGUUGCGUCGCUCACGCGCAUGUUUGAGCUGACGGUUGCGCAAUCGCGGCGCCUGCAUCGCGACAUCCACACGCGUUUAGAGGCCGUGCGCGCCAAGUACCUCAAGGAGCAGAUGGAACGCAAGCUGCUGUACAACAAAGUGCAGGAGCUGCGUGGAAACAUCCGCGUGUUUCUGCGCGUGCGCAAGGACAACCGUGGCGACAGCAUCUUCAAGUUCCCCAACGAGGGCGAGUGCAUUGUGCGGAAGGUGGACGGCAGCAGCGUGCCGUUUGAGUUUGACCAGUGCUAUGCGCCAGACACCACGCAAGAACGCGUCUUCAACGACACCAAGCCGGUGAUCAUGUCGUGCAUCGACGGUUACAACGUCUGCAUCAUGGCAUACGGCCAGACAGGCUCUGGCAAGACGUACACGAUGAUGGGCCCGCCAUCGAAUCCGGGCGUGAACCGGCGUGCUGUGCAGCAACUGUUUGAGCUCUGCCAGGCCAGGGAGGAGGUCGACUACUCAAUCUCAGUCUCGCUCAUGGAGGUGUACAACGAGAAGCUGUAUGACCUGCUCACACCAACACGUGGUCAGAGCCUCAGCAUCCACGCCAGCCCACAGGGCAUUUACGUCGGCAAUUUGACGGAGAAGGAGGUGAAGUCUCAGGGUGAGAUUGAGAAGAUUAUGGCGAUGGGUGACAAGAACCGAUCGAUGGCCGCGACGAAGAUGAACACAGACUCAUCGCGCUCCCACCUCCUCCUUCAGCUGCGGGUGACUGGGUACAACACCAUCUCCAACACCACCACCGUGGGAAAGCUGACGCUGGUUGAUCUUGCCGGGUCUGAGCGCGUGUCCAAGACGGAGGCGAGUGGCGAGCGGUUGGUGGAGGCUGCAGCCAUCAACAAGUCCCUGUCUGCGCUCGCGCAUGUGUUCAAGUCGCUGGCCACCAACUCUCCGCACGUGCCGUAUCGCAACUCGAAGCUGACACACGUGCUGCAGGACUCGCUCGGCGGCGACUCGAAGACGUGUGUGUUCAUCAACGUCAGCCCGCUCGAGCAGAACAUACAGGAGACGCACUGCACGCUUUCGUUUGGUGAGGGCAUCCGCAAGAUUGAGCUUGGCCCCGCGACGAAGCACACGGGCCAGCGCAGCGGUGGCGUUGGGAGCGGGCUGCGGCCAAAGAAGAAACCGCCCCCAAUACGAAGCAGAGGCUUCUCCACACGACGAUGA